UUGGCAGGAGUGAGUGGAGCAGAGUGGAGAAGAAUUUACGACUGGGCUUGCAGGCAGGCAAAUAGAUGUUUUGAAGCGACGCUUGGGCCGUGAUCAACACAGAUCGGCAGCGGAGGCUACAGCUUGAUUGAAUUGACCUGAAUCGGGUCGGGCGCCGGCCGAAAUUCGCGCCAUGUUAUGUCGCAGCGAGUGAUCGAGGAGCAGAAAAGGUGCAUCGUCAGCUGGUGUCGCAACUGGGACGGCGAGCAGCGCGACAAGUUCGUCGCCAAAGUCGAGCAGACCAUCACAGGCCAGGUCGACGUGGACCAGCUGGUAGCCGGACUGAGCCUCGAGGAGCCAAGCACCCUUUUCGACUACCAGGUCAAGCUGUUUCGCCGCUGGUCGGCCGCCUGGGUUUUGGCUGACCUGCUCGACCUGCUGACCACCCUGACGAGAGGAUGACAACCUACACGCCCGCGGCGCAGGUGAGAUUCGUGGAGUCCUGGUUCCGCGAGUGGAGCGACAUGCAGCGCGAGGACUUCUUGCCGGUGAUGGCGCAGAGCUUUUCUGCCAACUUCUGCCCGGUGAACGGCCUGUCGGAGCUGGGCCUCGGCUCAAGGCCACCAUCAUUGUUCCAGUGCCGCGUGAAGCUGUUCCGCGAGUGGUGCCUCGGCUGGGACGCCGCGUGCCGUCAGUCCCUCAAGGACAGCCUGCGCGACGUCGACCCCACCUUCGUGCAAAACCUCGAGGUCGCCCUCAGCAGCCUCGAUGGCGUCAAGCCGCCCGCCGACCUCGUCGCCAACGACCCUCGCGAGGGCGAGGUCGUCUGAACUCCAAUCGUUGAACCAUCUUAAUUUUAUUCUGCGCCUUUUUCAGCUUCAAUUAUUUCAAGUGAAUCUUUACAGUUGGCUUUAGGAAGUGGUACAUUGAAUGCAUAAACAAUUUAAUCUUUUGGAAAAUCAAAUCAGGAGCAAGUAAAAGUUAAAUUUCAGAAUUUGUCAUUUCAUUGAAAUAUGUAUCGGCUUUUCCAACGAAUACCUCUCUUUAGUGGUGUGCGAAUUUUUCUAUAAAUGAAAUAUAUCCUCAUAUUUCCUUAUGGAGAUGGUGUUCGCCGCCUGAUUAGCAUGCAAACUUUGAAGCCGAUUUUCUCAUAUUAAAAAAAACUGAACUCUUUCCAAAAAUAAAUCGAUGAUUUUUAGGAUUUUGCUGUACAGACCUACUUAAACCAGCCGUGGAUAUGCUUUUUUCUCGCCUCUUUCUUGCUCAACACUCAUUUUGCUUCGGUUUAAAAUGAAAACUAACACGCAUCAGCUAGUCACGUCGAAGAAUCUCGAUUGAACCAUGUGUGCUAUUGGAAUUUUCAGGGCCUUUUUAAUCCCGACUCUGCAUAUCCACCGAUUUAGUUUGUUGCAUUUUAAUCGCGUAGCCCGACUAAUCAAUACUCAAAUAUAUUAUGAUGGCUAAUAACGUACAAUUAAAGCUGUUGACUACACAAUGCAAUUGUUGAGAUUCGUGUUGGUGCUUUUGAGUCCAAACUCCACCCCAUGCGUGCUGUUUUCAAAUAAAAAUCUCAAAAACACACACUUGGCCCCCCUCUACAGCUGGAGUUUUACCUUUCCAAGGGCAGCAGUGGGGGAGGGAUGGGGCCAAGUGUGUUUGUUUUUCUUAAAAAAAAAUCCUUCAACCGACGCUCCUAUUAUCCGAUUGAUGACCCUGAGAUUUGUUCCCGCUUGCGUCCCCUUCCCCUCGUCGGCCCCCGGCAUUGGCCCUUCCCCUACCUCCCCUCCGCGUGCAAGCACGGAUUGACGUCGAUGUGCCAUCAGCAAGGCCAUGUUUCGCAGCUGUUGAUCAUUUACAAACAUGUACAAAUUUUAAUGAAUUGAGCAAAUGUUGAUCAUGCAACAAAGAAAGCACUUCUUGAUACAUCUAUAAAUUAAUAAUUAAAUAAAUUUAAAAAAAAUCAACCAUGUAAUGUAUAAUGUACAAGACGCCGAAGCGCAGCUGUUUACUUUUGUUUUUCUCCUAUAUUGGGCGGUGUUUGGGUAUCAUAAAUAUAAAAGCUGCGUUUUUCUCACUUUGGGAAAAGUGUGUAAUCUCGCUGAAGCAAAAUCAAAACCUCAAUUAUGACGUAGUGUAGGAUCUCGUAAAUUGGUUUAAUGUCGACUUUUAUUCCGUUAUUGCGAUCAGGUCUGAUUUUCGUAAUAAUUCCAACAUUGGCUGAUAUUUUAAGUUACUAUAUUACUACUUUAUUGUAUAUUGUGUCGAGAUGAAAUAAAAUAUUAUAUUAUUUGGUUGCAAGCUUCUAGGCUUAAAA